AGUGCCUUCCCAGUUCCCUGCUUCCUUUCUCACACCCAGAGCCCGAGCCUAGAGCCAGAGGACAGGGGGACACUGAAUGGGCCUGUCAUGCUAAUCUUACCUUGAGGACCGCUAAACCAUAAACACUAUCAAGGAAUGGACUUUUCAUAGCAGACCUUUAAAAAUAAAGAAAAAGGGCAUCCCGGACGGGGAGUUGGAGCACCAAAAGACCAAAGACACACCGAUCAAAGGCAGACACCGCCCCCCCAUAAAGUCACCCGCGUCCGCCCAUGGAGGGUCUCCUGAACUCCACCGCCGCCCCCCCGUUCCCCGCCGGCCUCCUCAACGGCUCCUCCGACUGCCCCGGGUGGCCCCCCCUGCCGCAGAACACCCUCAUCCCGGCGGUCUACGGCGUCAUCUGCCUGGUGGGCAUCGCGGGGAACGCCCUGGCCGUGUGCGUCCUGGCCCGGGACGGCAGGGCGCGCCAGACGGUCGCCAACACCUUCAUGCUGAACCUGUGCGUCUCCGACCUGCUCCUGCUGCUGUCCCUGCCGCUGUGGGCCGUCUACUACGCCCUGCGCUUCCACUGGCCCUUCGGACGCCUCGCCUGCAAGCUGUGCGGCGCCGUCCUCCACCUCAACCUCUACGCCUCCAUCUUCUUCAUCGUGUGCAUGAGCGUAGACCGCUACCUGGCCAUCGUGCACCCCCUGCGCUCGCAGAGCUGCCGGGACCCCCGGCGGGCCAAGGUCACCUGCGGGGUGGUGUGGGGGCUGGCCUGGCUGUGCACCACGCCCACGCUGGUGCUGCGGGACACCAGGCACUACGAGACCCUGGGGGUGGAGGUCUGCGCCGUGUUCUACCCCCACGAGAACUGGUACCUGGGCCUGGCCUGGAUGAAGAUCGCGCUGGCCUUCCUGCUGCCCCUGGUGGCGCUCUCCUCCUGCUACUGCGUCAUCGGUCGGCAUCUGCUGGCCGGGGCGGCGGGGGCGCGGGGCUGGGCGGCCCCCCGGGACCCGCCGACUCCCAGCGGGGCCGCGGUACAUCAGAGCGCCCCCCCGGCGCCUCGGCCGAGGCGGAGCGCGGCGCGCACAGCGGCCGGGUCCCGGCGGGGCGGGUCCCUGGAGGGCGGGGGCCUGGAGAGGGUGCUGUGGGCGGUGGCGGCGGUGGUGCUGGCCUUCUUCCUCUGCUGGUUCCCCUUCCACUGUCUGACGCUGCUGGAGCUGCUGAGGAGCCACGGCGUGCUGCGGGGCGGCUGCCUGCUGGACUGGUGCGUCCACAACCUCACGGCGCUCGCCCUGUGCCUGGGCUUCUCCAACUCGGCCGUCAACCCCGUGCUCUACUGCUUCAUCGGGAACCACUUCCGGGCCCGGCUGGGGGCCCUGUGCAAGGGGCUGUGUGCGUGCCUCGGCCCCCGCGGGGAGCCGGGCGACCAGAAGAGGGGCUCCUUCAGCACCCGGCUGAGUUCCUUCUCAUGGAAACUCAGUGACCUCAAGGACCUGGCCCUGGUUGAGGCGCCGGGAAUACACUGAUGGAUUUUCAGUUUUUGGGGGGUUCCCCCCCCCGCCCCCCCCCCGCCCCCCCCCCCCCCCCCCCGCCCCCCCCCCCCUGCGAUCUGCCUCUGCUGCCGCGGCUCCCAGAGACAAGAGAGUUUCCACAGCGUCGUCGAGAGACUGUUGAACUGUAUUAAGUGUGAUGCUUGAGUUACACUUAACGGGUAAUUAAUGAUUGACUGAGAGACAUUCAUAGGAGCGCACAGGGGGGCAAAAGGUCUCGUGUGAGAUAUAAGGGAGAAGGAAUGUUAACUCUUACUACGCCAGUAUUUUUUUUUAUGAAUCGGGUGUUGGGCUUUCGGGGACGGGUGAAAAUAACGGUGAAAAACACGGCGGGGUUUGUCUGAAAUAUAUCCACGUCUUCAAGGGCAAAAGCUAUCACUGCACCGUUUAUUAUUUUGUUUUUUUAUCAUCGUUUUAGACACAUCAACAUGAUAAAUAAAGGACUCAUAUUUUCUCAAACAAA